AUGACCUUUCAACCUCAGGCUCAAGGGACUAAGAUCAAGGUUGCUGUUAUCGGAACGGGGCCAGGUGGCCUGGCAGCUAUCAUCAACCUCCUAAGAUUGCCUUUCGUCGAGCUUAGCGCUUACGACCAAGCUUCUGAACUGCGAGAAGUUGGUGCGGGCAUCAUUAUAAUGAGAACACAUGGAGGCACCUCAACCUUCUAG